AUGCAACCAGCUUGGCAAUUAAGCGGUCAAUUUGAAGGGGAUAUCAUUUUAACGCCACGUGCUAAAUCAAGAAAUAAUAGAAAUAAAAUAUGGCCAAAUCGAACUGUACCAUAUAUGUUUCGUGAUGGUGGAAAAUAUACUAAGAAACAAAAACGUCUCAUUAAAUCCGCAUUAAAACAAUUCCAGAAGAAAACUUGUAUCACAGUUCGAUCUUAUAAACCAGGGGAUAGAGAUUACAUUGCCAUUACGGCUAACGAUGAUGGUUGUUAUUCGUCUGUAGGCAGAGAAGGUGGAGAACAGCAAACAAAUUUACAGCCGCAUGUUAUAGGAAAAGGAUGUAUGAGACAAGGUUCUAUAAUUCAUGAGUUUUUACAUAUUUUAGGAUUUUUACAUGAGCAUGGCGAUCCUAAUCGAGAUUCUUAUAUUCAAAUUAGAACCGAAAAUAUUGACAGAGAAGCUACAAUUAACUUUGUCAAGUACUCACCGGAAGUUUAUAAUGAUUUCGGUGCGGGCUACGAUUAUCGUAGCCUAAUGCAUUAUAAUGCAUUUGCUUUCACAAACAAUUCUAAAAAAACUAUUAUCGCACCAAAUUAUAUUGGACAACGUGCUGGAUUUAGUACUAAGGAUAUAAUAAAACUGAAUCGAAUGUAUGGUUGUGAUUCGAAUUGGUCUCCGAGAAAUUGA